AUGUAUGCUAAUCAGCUUUUAGAUGAUGAAGUAAUAUCUUCAAUGUUCAAUCUAGAGACUCGACUAAAAAGCUUCAAGAAUACAUUUGUACUGGAGGGGAAGAAAUAUCGAUGGCGUUAUACCGUUAUACCCUACGAAGCCAUGGCAAGAGCAGGGUUUUUCUACUAUCCAAUAAGGCACAAAGACAGUGGGGAACUUCAUAAAGAUGCAGUUGGAUGCAUUUUCUGCAAAACUUGUACUUACAAUUUUGGUGAUUGCAGAUCGAAGAGAAAAGACACCGUGGAAACAAUGAUAAGUGUCAUUCAGCAACAUCUUACCACGGGAUGUGCAACAUGUCUUUUGAGCCGAUUGAAGCUUUUUACCCUAACCGAUUUCGCAGAGGAGAAACCUCCUAGAGAAGGAGAGAACUGCGAUUUCUUUAAGGAUCCCUUGAGCGAAAUAAUGAUAGAUCUUAGAAAAUUCACUUUCAUGGGCAAUUGGCCCUACAGCACUGGUACUUUGUCACCAGAUAAUAUGGCAAAAGCAGGAUUAAUACGUUAUGACAGUUCCUAUACUGGAUUUGAAGAAGUUGUCGAAAGUAAUGUGAGGGAUGCAUCGCUUUGCAUAUUCUGCAAGAAAGUUAUAAACUCCUGGCAAGUGGAUGAUGAUCCAUUAUGGGAACAUUACAAGAGCUGCAAUGGUGGACAAUGUUAUUUUUUCCAAAUGUUGCAAGAUAGUCCUGCUUAUAAUGAAAUUUUGGAUAACCUACGCAUCCGUUAUGCAGCUUUAGAAACGAACAAACUUUCUCCGCCGAAGGCGUGUAGUUCUUCAACUGAACAGACGCCUAUGGAUUUUAAAAGUACAUUAGGUAUAGCGAGCACACUAGGUGAACGGGAAGAAACAAACACGGAAUUAGAUAUUGUAAAAACUGGUAAUGACAUGGAAGCAUCGAAAUCCACAGCCGCCUCGCCGAAGAGAAAAAAGAGAAAGUUAAAAGCUUCGCAUACCGAAACGUUUUCGGAAAGAAAUAAUGAAGAAGAACUAGAUGACAAUCAUGCAAAUGAAGAGUUAGUAAUCAAGUUCAAGGAGCAUAUAGAAAGAGCAAAAGAUGUAGGUAGAAAAAAUAAAAUAUUGGACGAUAGUAAAGACGAAUUUAGCUUUAGUAUCGAUGGCCACAGUACAUUUGAGAUACCAACGGCUUCAGCAGGAUUUCGGGCCAGGGCCCAUCAAGGCUCCAAAACUGUACUUGAGAAUAUUGAAGAUCAUUCGAUAUCGGAUUCACAAUCCAAUAAUGCAUUGGCAGGCCAGAGGGCGUUUGAGUUGAAUGGAAGCCUCGAUAUAUUACCAAUGGACGUUAGUUUAAGUUCAAAUACAUCUUCCCUAGAUACUGGUGAAUCCACUCCUAUUCAUAGCCCAAAGUCAGGAAUUAAAGAGGGAUCUCCACCUACCACUCAUAACCUUGGCAUAUCCGAAAGUUUAAAGUCUGCUAAGUUAACACUUAAACAUCAGGAGUCUCUCGGGACUCGAAGCGAAUCCAGAAGUGACCCCAAAGGGUUCACAUCACCUUUUCAAGGAGGAUUGACAGCUGAAAGAGCUGCUAUUGAUAACAUUCCAAAUUUUGACAGGCCUUACAGUUCAUAUGAGGAGCCUAUAGACGUAUCUGAACUAGACGUCGAUGAGGAGCAGCAAAAGCGUGAGUAUUCAGUAAUUACCAAAAUUGAAUCCCAGACACCUGCUUUGCAUGGAAAUGAAACAAUCACAUCUUCUAAAAGCACAACCAAAAUUAUACCGCAGGCGGACCAACUAGACGAUGAUCCGAAUUUUGAUGAAUCAGGUGAAGACAAAAAACUAAUCAGAGACUACUUGCAUGAGUUACUAGUAUAUAUUAAUAGGAAUGACGCCACAUUAGCAGUUGACAAAAACGGGGAUCUUUCGUUUUUCAUCAACAAGAUGCCCUGCAAUGAAUUGGAUUUGUCAUUUGCAAAUUGGUUGGCAAGAAGGCUAGAAGCUGUCAGUCAUGAAUUUCGCGAAGAGACGGAGCGGAAGUUAGAAACAUUAAGACUCCAAUUUGAAAGCAUGCGCGAGCUAAUAUUAUCAGUAGAAGAUGAUCAAAAACUCAUAUUGAUGGCAAAAAAGUUUGGAAUUACGUAG